UGAACAAACCAUUCCCUAUUAUGACAUGAGAUAAACUGAAAGAAAAGGUUUGCUGGUUUAUUUGAAGCAUUUGGAAUUGGGAGAACUCAGAAGAACAGAGAACUGAACUACCAAUUCAGCAAAUCAGAUACUUAAUCAUCUGAGUUAACCGCUCUUCGGUUCGCAGUGGCACCACCAUGUCCCGCUCUAGAAAUAUGAUUGUGGCUGCUGGUUUAGUGGCAUUUGCAAGUGCAGGCUUGGCAUUUCCCUUUUAUAUGGCGUCAGCCAAGACCCCGGUUAUUGACCCAACAAAGCCAUUGUCACCACAGGCAACAUUCCGAGGGCCUUAUAUAAACACCGGUUCUCGCGACGUUGGACCUGAUCAUCAGACAUACACAAAAAAAUCAUAAGAAGGUAUCGCAGGCGCUGUUGCUUAGCAUUUCUUAUUCGAAAUCGUUUAACUUUUCGAUGAGGGAACACAAAGGAAUGUUUUUCUGUUAAGCACAAUGUGAAGAGAUAGAUGUAAUAAUUGCCUUAUAACUGAAGUCUUAUGCACUCAGUUAAACAUAUAACCUAAGGGAAUGAAUAGGUUGAAUACAAGCUAUUUUGACUAUUUGUUGAGCCUUUAUUUGAAAUUUCCGUACAUUUGUUUUAUUGUAAAGUUGAAUUGAAAUUACAUUUUCUGUUAUGAAACUAACAAUUUGUUCGAAAACCUCGAAAAGAUUCAAUCUUUAGAACUUGUAACAAGAAUUAAUUACUUACAUAGUAAAUAGUUACUUCACAAUUAUCUAAUGUUAGAGCAGAAAGGAGUUUGUUUGCCUGACUUUAAUUGUCCCCUAAAUUAAAAUCCAUAGAUCAGAAACAAAGUUUUCUAAAGAAUUUCCCAUGGGGUUGUUAAAUAACCAAAAAUCUUAUUCAAUUAAUUGGGUUUCAAUUUCAAACACAUGUGUCAAUUUAAUCCAAUAAGGAAACAAAAGAACAAAGUUCAAACCUAAUUUAAGAAACAGCCAAGUACAAACCUUUCAAACAAAGAACAAUUUUUUUCAUUGCAAAUGGAACCAAAUCCACAAAUUACAAAAAAGGGAUAAUUAUAAAAAAGCAAAAACUACAUAAACCACUAACCAUACUACCUAAUAAGAACAAAAAAAAUAAAAAUAAAAACUUUACAUAACGUAAACCCUAAAUCGAAAUAAAGAUUUCAACCAGAUCUAAGAGCUGGUAAACUUAGUAACAGCCUUGGUACCCUCAGAGACGGCGUGCUUAGCAAGCUCACCGGGAAGAACAAGCCGAACGGCGGUCUGAAUCUCCCGAGAAGUGAUGGUUGGCUUCUUGUUGUAGCGAGCGAGCUUAGAGGCUUCUUGAGCGAGUUUCUCAAAGAUAUCGUUGAUGAAACUGUUCAUGAUUCCCAUAGCUUUGCUGGAGAUUCCAAUAUCUGGAUGAACUUGUUUGAGAACCUUGAAGAUGUAGAUCUUGUAAGUCUCCACACUCUUCUUCGUUCUCUUUUUCUUCUUGUCAGUUCCAGAAGCGUCCUUGGGCAAUUUCUUCUCGGCCCGUGGCUUCUUCUCUGCCGGAGCCUUCUCGGCCUUCUUGUCCUCCACUGGUUUCUUCUCUGCUGGCUUCUUCUCGGCCUUGGGUGCCAUUGGUACGAUCUCUUACUGAAGAUUUGAAAUGGAAAAUGUGAAAUGUGAAUUGAGAGAGUGAUUGUU